GAUGUCGUAGCGUUCAGUUCAGUUCCUCCAGCUUUGAUAUCAGUCAGUUGUGCUUUGGCUGGCAGUCGCGAAAGUUGCGAGCUAACGCGAUAUUGCCCUCUGCCGCUAACGUCAUUUCCGGUUCGGUUCGGUUCGUCCGUAAUAACGUAACGAAACGUAAGCACUUUGUUUUGGGCAAACGCGCCUCCAUCGUUUGGCGCAUUUUUCGUGAGUUAUUAAAAUGCGAUAAAAGCCAGUGAAUCGAACACGAAUCGCGUCGGUUUCUCCAAGUGCACUGAAUAAUAACCAAAACGAAACAUAAAUUCAAAUAAACCAAAGAUAAAUCGAAGCGAAAAAUCAAAAGAGGCCGUCGAAAAUGUUGACCUGCGUGUGUCGACCCGUCUCCGGCAAUCUGCCCAAGAUGCCGCCCGCCUCCCUGAUGCCCGCCCACCGGGCAUCCUCAUCAUCGUCAUCAUCAUCGACAGCCUCCCUGGCCUUUGUCAGCCCCACGCGAGGAGUGGUGGUGACCUCUGAGCCCAAGCUGAAUGUGCCCAGCAGGCUGACGUCAGCCGAACUGAGGGCGAUGGCAUUGAGACAGCAGCAGCAAAUCGACAGCCAGCACCAGCUGCUGGCCACCAAGGAGCAGCGCCUGCGCUUCCUCAAGUCGCAGGAGGUGCGCAGCGCAGUGGCCAGCGCGGAGGGCGAGCGGCUCCGCCGGCUGCGGGAGCGGGUGGAGGCCCAGGAGUCCAAGCUGCGCCGCCUGCGAGCGCUGCGGGGUCAAGUGGACCUGCAGAAGACCUACAAUGUCACCCUGAGCAAUGACUUGGACUCGAUUCGAGCGCUGUUCAGCGAAAAGGAGAAGGAGCUCAGCCUGGCCGUGGCCAAGGUGGAGGCUCUCACCCGCCAGCUGGAGGAGCUGCGACGUGACCGUCGAUGUCCUGUGAACAUCCUGGCAGCAGCUGGCAAUGGAGUUGGCCAGGCCCUUCCUCCCCAGGCAUCCCGCGAGCUGGAAAAGUUGCGCCGCGAACUGAUGUAUCGCAAUCAGUUGUCACUGCAGCAGGAUGCACGGCUGCACAUGCAACGCGAGGCGCUGCAGCAACGACAGGCGGAGUUGCGGUCGGUGGACCAGCGCAUUUAUGAGCUGCAGACGCGCCUGCAGCGCAAAAAGCAGGCCAACACCCAUCACCAGCAACAGCAGCAGCAGCAGCAACAUCAGCAGCAGCAACAACAGCCGACGGUGCAACAGCAACAGCAGCAGCAACAUCAACAGCAGCAGCAACAACUGCAUGUGCAGUCUGCCCAGUUGCUGGCAGCAGCAGCUGCAGCAGCAGCAGCAGCAACUGCCCAGCAGCAACAGCAGCAGCAGCAGACAUUCCAGCAGUCUGGCAGCAACCUGGCCAGCAAACAUGGCGGAGUGGCUGCCCUCAAGCAGCAACUGCUGCAGAAGCAAGUGAAUCAACUGGCAGCUGCCGCCGCCGCCGCUGCCGCUGGACGAGCUCGUGGCAAUGUUGCCGCAGUGGAGCCCUUCAUCCACACGCCCCAGAAGUCCACCAUCACGAGCACGGCCAGCUAUCUGAGUGGCGGGAUGAAGCAUGCUGCAGCAACGGCUAAUACCAACCAGCAGAACCAGCUCAUCCAAGACUUGACGCACGUCAAGCUGGGGCAGAACAAUGGUUUCUUUGCGGGAUCUGUGCCCGUGCCGGUGGCCAAUGCCAAUGCGACUUCCAGCAGUGAAAGCGACGAGUCCAAAUUGGCCAAGAAGCUGCUGGCGGCUCCUGGCAAGACGGAGGCUGAGUUGCGCCAAAAGGCUCAAACGGAGGCCAUGGACAGCACCACGCAUAUUUACGCGGAAGUGGGUCCCAAGAAGAGAGAUCGGGAAGCGGCGGCGGCGGCAGCAGCAGCAGCAGCAGCAGCAGCUCAAGCAGCUGCAGAGGCAGCCAGCCAAGCAGCAACAUCUCCUCCCGCCUCCACGAAUGCCAGCAAAAUCCCCAAGAGCAUCUCCUCGAGCAGCAGCACUAGCAGUUCCGCCUCCGCCCUGAUCAACAAACUCAACCAGCAGGCAACGGCAAAGGAGAGCCAGGAUCAUCAGCAUUCCAAGAAGAACGAGAUUUCAGUGACCAGCGAAACACUAUCCGAGCGCAACACCCAGCAGCAGCUCACUGUGCACAGCAUGCCCCUGGGGGCGAUUAGCAAAUCGGUGGCCCUGGCCGUGUCCAAUGCCUCCAAGCCGCUCCAGGUGCAGGUGGGCAAUCUGGCGGUGCCGCCACGCAAGCCCAUCAGCAGUGUGGCGCCCACAUCGAUGGGCAGCGGCAGCGGUAGCUCCAUACCCAAAAUGAUCACCUACAGCCCCAAGGUGAAUCGCGUGGCGCCCAAUGUGGUGAUGACCGAUCCCCGACCCGCCCUGCCGCCCAAGCCCAGCAAGAUGUCACCCACCGAGCAGCCAUCGCCAGUGGAGGCCAGUGCAUCCGGAUCCGGAGGAUCAGGAGGAGCAGCGCCGACAGCCAAGACCCAGACGGCCACCUUUGGCCUGCAAUCGCUGAACAUCAAUGACAACUUGCCCAUCAAGGCCAAGCCACUGACCAUUCGCAAGCAGCCGCUGUUCGAGCAACCUCGCCUCAAGUCCAGCCAAUCCAGCUCCAAUGGCCAACAGAAGCCCCCACCAGUGCUCCAAAAUCAGCGAAAAUCGGAGACUCCAGUAAGACAGCUGGCGGAUAGCCAACAGGACACAACCUCACCCCAGCCCUCGCCGAGCAGUGAAUCCAGCGCGGAUGAGACAGAUCGCAUGGUAGUCCCACCAGCCAGUCAGCAGGAGACCACAUCCACAACCACAUCCUCAUCCGCAUCCACAACCAUAACGACAACCAGCAACAUCAAGGAGCGAACGGGCAACGGAAAACCCAAGCUGGCGAGAAGAGUGAGCUUCGAUCCCUUGGCCCUCCUGCUGGACGCCAGUCUGGAGGGGGAACUGGAGCUGGUCAAGAAGACGGCCAUGCAAGUGGCCAAUCCCAGUGCGGCCAACGAUGAGGGGAUUACGGCGCUCCACAAUGCCAUCUGUGCCGGCCACUUUGACAUUGUCAAAUUUCUCGUUGAGUUUGGCUGCGAUGUGAAUGCCCAGGAUUCGGAUGGCUGGACGCCACUGCAUUGUGCCGCCAGCUGCAACAAUCUGUCCAUGGUCAAGUUCCUGGUGGAGAAUGGCGCCUGCCUGUUCGCCUCCACGCUGUCGGAUCACGAGACGCCGGCGGAGAAGUGCGAGGAGGAUGAGGAGGGCUUCGAUGGUUGUUCCGAGUAUUUGUACAGCAUCCAGGAGAAGCUGGGCAUCCUGCACAAUGGGGACGUGUACGCCGUGUUCUCCUACGAGGCCCAGAACGGCGACGAGCUCUCCUUCCACGUGAACGAGCCGCUGAUCGUGCUGCGCAAGGGCGACGACGCCGAGAACGAGUGGUGGUGGGCCCGGAAUGCCGGCGGCGAGGAGGGCUACGUGCCCCGCAAUCUCCUGGGGCUGUACCCACGUGUGCCGCCGCAUUCGCCGCACUUCAGCGAUUAGCAGUUAAUACGCUUCACCAUACUGAAGCGCAAGGCCGGCCGACUCAUCCAGAAGCGCUACAUAUCCAAGUACAUCUAGGAGUCCCUGGCCGAUUCUGGGCACGUGCCACCGCAGGAGUCAUCGGGGAAUUAUUUAUCACGGCCCAUGUUUCUUUCUGUUUACUUUUUGUUUCGAGAAAAGCAACACAAAGGACGAGGAACGAGCAGGAAGGAGCGGGCUCACCAUAUGCUCAUCCAUAUGGAAUGGAACCGACUGCAGCAGCACCACCAGCAGCAGCUUCCGCCUGAGUCAUUUAUCCCGACGACUGGCCCCAAUUAGCCCGGCUUUCGCACAAAGUUCAGCACACCACAUAUCACCCUCAUAUCACCGAUACAUAUACAUAUGUACCAACCCCCCGACCACCCUGCAUACGUACAACCGCAAAUUGAAUUUCACUUAAGCCCCUUAGCUUUAAGGCCUAGACUUAUAACUCAUAUCAGCCGCCUGCUCGCCACAAAAACUUCACCUUCAAGUUUCUGCAAUGAAAAAAGUUCAAAUUGGAAAAUGGAAAAUUAGAAACAAUAAAUUCCUGAACGCCCACACACACACAAAAUGUUUCAUCAACGUUUAGCUGAAGGAGUUUUGUUAAUUGCAUAUAUCAAGUUAGUACUUAAACUUUAAUUGAACUCGAACCAAGUUCACACACAAAUCGAGGGAAAACAUUUUAACACAGAUAACAAAACUGACACAAGGAGAAUACAUAACGAAUCGAAUGUGAUUUUUGUAUAAAGACGAGAAUAAUUUAAACAAUUUGUAUCGAAUAUGAAAAUGUAAAUUACAUAAAGCGGAUUCGUUGACAAGUAAUCGCAUUAUAGGUUAUACGUUCUAAUUUAGCUUAAUUUAAUUACACCUAAUAUAUCGAUUGCUUAAUACAUAGCGUGUAAGGAAAACAACACAUUAAAAUGCAAAUACGUUGGAAAAUAAAACGAUUAAGAAAGCUUAUGUAAA